AUGCCCCUGAAUACUUCCGCAGCCACAAUUCGGAUGCGUCUUGCCAUCAUUUUCCUUGCCAUCACCUGGCUGGCCCUUGGCGAUCUCAGUUCCGCCAUUGUACGCUUUGCUGUCAUUCUGCGAGACCGCGAAAAAUCUGACAUCGUCACCUCGAGCGACUCUAUUUUCGACAUCACGUUUCAAACCAUUAUGGAAACGUCCUCGUGGGCAUGGUGA